AUGACUCUUGUUCUCUCGCGCCGUGGUCGUGUGCUCCUGACGUGUGCGAAGUUGGUUGAAGCAAAACCUGCUAGAGCUCGCGUGGCGCUUGGCAACUCUCUGGCAUUAUGUUCUUCUAUCGGCUCUGUUCGAACACUCUCAGCAUCGUGGAAUUCCCGAUUGUUCCAUAACCCGCUGCCGAUUCUCUUAAAGAAAACGUACGCGACAUCGACUGGAACAGCAAAGGCUGACACUGCUGCUUCUAAGGCAGAUUCCAAGCCGGUUAAAAAGAAAGCAGCAACCGCGAAAAAGCCUUCCAGGAAAACUGUAAAGAAGUCGACCAAGGCAAAACGCAAAACGAAAUCCAAGGUCAAAGGUUCCCGCAAGCCGAAUAAGCAGUUGACCGAAAAGCAGAUGGAAAUUUUGCGAAAGAAGAAGGUUAGAGAGGAGAUCAAAAAUUUGAAGGCUGUCGCACUGGAUCCUCCGAAAGGCCUUCCGGAACUCCCUAUCACGAUCCUUCAACUACAACUGAAGCGGUUUGGGGCCGGUGCUGAAGCUUACAAGAAUUUAAGUCCAGCUGAACGUGAGCGUCUUAUUCAGACUGCUCGAUCGAACCGCGCUGGUAACAAAACCAUGCUUCAAGACUGGGUGAGAAGGCACACCCCACUUCAGAUCAAAAAGGCCAAUGCCGCCCGCCAAAGGCUCCGCAAAUUGCUCAAAACGACGAAGGGCUUCGGGAAAAUAUAUGAUGAUAGACAGCUCAAGCGACCAGCUAAUGCAUACAUGCAUUUCAUCAAGGAAUUAUUCGCAAGUGGAGAAAUAUCCCACAAUGAACCGAUGUCCAAGACUGCGGCCGCAUGGCGAGGUAUGACAGCGGGUGAAAAGGAGAAAUUUCAACAAAUGGCACUUGAGAAUAAGAACAAAUACCUGCAGCAGUAUAAAUCCAUUUAUGGCAUGGAACCCCCAAAUCAGCCUAAGUCCCCAAGUCCUGCGUAA